GGAAUUCAACGUAUUUAAUGUUGGAUAGUGCCAUCAAAUAUAAAAAAGCUUUUGCUUCUCUUCAAUUCAAUGACAAGAAUUAUAAAUAUUGUCCUUCAAGUGAAGAAUGGAAAAGAGGAGAGAAGAUAUGUGAGUUCCUUGAACCAUUUUAUGACACUACCAAUUUGAUCUCUGGUUCUUCUUAUCCUACAUCAAAUUUGUAUUUUAUGCAAGUAUGGAAGAUUGAAGUUUUGUUAAAGGAAAACUUAUCUAAUGAAGAUGAGGUGAUAAGUUCUAUGUGUAAGAGAAUGAUGGAGAAGUUUGACAAGUAUUGGACUCAAUAUAGCAUGGUUCUUGCAUUUGGAGCUAUUCUUGACCCACGAAUAAAGCUUUCAAUGUUGGAAUUUUUUUAUACUAAGGUUGAGAGUGAUUAUGUUAAAUUCCAAAAGAAGAUGGAACUUGUGAAGACAAAAUUGUAUAAACUUUUUGAUCAAUAUUCUAAUACUAGCAAGACAAGUUCUUCACAAUGUCAACCACAAUGUUCUUCUACCACAAAUACACAUCAGCAAAGUGUAGGAGGAGUUAAAGGAAAAAACAAAAGAAUCUUUGAUGAAAUAAUGGCAUAUGAGAGCCAAACAAUUACAAGUGCUGGAAAAUCUCAAUUGGAUCUUUAUUUGGAAGAGCCAAAACUUGAAUUUGCAUAUUAUCAAGAUUUGAAUGUUUUGGAGCAUUGGAAGAAUCAAAAUCAUCGAUACCCAACCCUUGCACUAAUGGCAUGUGAUGUUUUAGCUAUUCCUAUAACUACUGUUGCAUCAGAAUCAGCUUUUUCUAUUGGUUCUCGUGUGCUUACCAAGUAUAGAAGUUGCACCCUUCAUGAAAAAGUACAAGCUCUUAUUUGCACUCGUAAUUGGUUACAUGGUUAUGCUAUUGAUAAAGAUAAUGAAGACAAUGUAAGUAUUAAAACAACCUUGUCUAAGGAAGGAUCAAAUGAUCUAGAAGAUAUUCAUGCGGAGAAAAAAGAUGAUGAAGAAUCGGAAGAAUUUGAUAAUUGAUGUGGAAGAGAAACUUGAUGUUGCGUUAGAUUCUUUGUUGAAUGUGGAGAAGCAAAUGAGGCUUGCUGGUGAUGUGGCUGGAACGAAGAAAGCUCUCAUUGAUAUUCUAGAACUUUGUUAUAAAUCACGUGCAUGGAAGAUAUCGAACAAUCAUAUAAUUUUGCCUUUGAUUUUGAACUUGCAUGGAUGAACAAUAUGAAUAUAUGAUUGAUUUUUCUUUCUCAUA